AUGGUAGAAUUUUCUUUGAAGAAGGCCAGAAACAAUUGGAAACAUGUAAAAAUGUCUGCGAGUUCUCCUGCAAAGCAAAAGGCUCCUCCAUCACCUGCUAAGCCCAAGCAAAAAAACAAAAAAAACCCUUAUAGUGAUCUCAAGGACUCUGCUACUAGCUAUACAUUACCAACCAUCAAUGCGAGGGAGAGAAAUCGGGUAGCUACUUCAAUGCAAAGAAGGCUAUCGAUUCAUAAUACAAAUUAUGCUCCCCCAACAUUAGAUUAUUCAAUGCCCCUACCUGAUAUGCCAAACAUGACAAUCCCAAAUGAUAAUAUGAAUAACAGUCAUAAUAAUAGCAGCUUUACUACAGAGAAUGAAUCGGCCAGUUCUACAGGCCUUUCCAACAACCUAAACGUUUCAAUUACUGAUGCCUCCCUAAAUGAGAGCUCCUAUGACAAGGUUCCUGCUAGAUCGGUCAUGAGAAGUACUAUAAUGCCUUCUAGCAGUAACGAUCUUUUCAGUAAUAGCAUGUCGCUAAGGAAAGUGUUGGCAAACCCACGUUUUAAUGCUAAAGAUUUUGUUCAUGACAAGUUAGGCAACGCGAGUGCUAUUACUAUUGACAAAUUUACGUCAAAUUUGACCGAUUUAUCCAUACAGGUUCAAGAAGAAGUAAAGUUGAACAUUAAUAAAUCAUAUAACGAAAUUAUGACGGUGAACAACGACCUAAAUAUUGCCAUGUUGGAGCUGAAAAGAGUUAGGACAAAUAUAAAUGACCUAAACGAGAUUCUGAAUCAAUACACAAAAAUAGCUGAAAAAAGGUUACAAUUACAAAAACAAAUAAAUAAGGAGAGGCAAGAUAAUUCCAAUAAAGCGGAAAGUCAUAUUGGCAGUCCAGCGUUGCUUCCUCCUUUAAAAGCAGGACAGAAUGAAAAUUUUACGAAAAGGGACAGAUCGAGCGUCUUUAUAUUGGAGAAAUUUUGGGAUACUGAACUAGACGAAUUAUUUAAAAAUGUCGAGGGUGCUCAGAAAUUUAUUAAUUCAACGAAAGGAAGGCAUAUUUUAAUGAAUAGUGUAAAUUGGAUUGAAUUGAACACUACCACUGGUAAACCUUUACAAAUGGUACAGAUUUUCAUUUUAAAUGAUUUGGUACUUAUCGCUGACAAAUCAAGAGAUAAACAGAAUGACUUCAUAGUAAGCCAAUGUUAUCCUUUAAAGGAUGUUACCGUCACAAGAGAAGAGUUUUCCAGUAAGAGGCUUAUUUUUAAGUUCAGCAAUUCGAAUUCAAGUUUGUACGAAUGUAGAGAGGCAGAUGAAUGCUCUAAGUUAUUGGAUGUGAUAAGAAAGGCCAAGGAUGAUCUAUGUGACAUUUUUCAUGUAGAAGAAGAGAACUCUAAACGUAUUAGAGAAUCUUUUAGAUAUUUACAGUCUACACAACAAACUCCAGGUAGAGAAAACAAUAGAAGCCCAAACAAAAAUAAAAGGCGGAGUAUGGGGGCUUCAAUCACCCCUGGCCGGAAUAUAACAGGCGCGAUGGAUCAAUAUCUUUUGCAGAACCUAACACUAUCAAUGCAUUCGAGACCAAGAUCAAGGGAUAUGAGCUCUACUGCUCAGAGGCUUAGAUUUCUAGAUGAUGGCGUGGAAGAGAUAGAUAUUGAAUUAGCUAGACUCAAAUUUGAAACUGCUGUAGAAACAUUAUUGGAUAUCGAAUCACAACUGGAGGAACUCUUCGAGAGAAUUUCUGAUGAAGAGUUAAUGUUACAUAAUCUCAUAUCUUUGAAAAUUGAACAAAGACGACAUGCCAUCUCCAGCAAAAUUUCUCAGAGUAUCUUGUCAUCAAAUGAAAUAUUGCAUUUGAAAACUGGUACUGAAAACAUGAUUAAGUUGGGAUUGCCUGAACAAGCCCUCGAUCUUUUCUUACAGAAUAGAUCCAAUUUUAUUCAAGAUCUAAUUUUACAAAUCGGGUCAGUGGACAACCCCACGAACUAUUUGACUCAGUUAGCUGUUAUUAGGUUUCAAACCAUCAAAAAAACGGUGGAAGACUUCCGGGAUAUCUUCAAGAUGCUUGGCGGUAAGAUUUCGUCCAUUCUAGUAGAUUGGUGUAGUGAAGAAGUGGAUAACCAUUUUAAAUUGAUAGAUAAGCAACUACUAAACGACGAAAUGCUAUCGCCAAGUUCUAUUAAGUCAUCCAGAAGGCAAAUAGAUGGAUUGAAAGCAGUUGGGCUGGAUUUUGUCUACAAAUUAGACGAAUUUAUCAAAAAGAACAGUGAUAAAAUCCGUUGA